AACCCAUCGACACCAGCCCUCUUCUUCGGCUCCUACACAGCGUGCCUGAUCCGCUUCCGUCCCUUUCAUCAUAUAUAAAGCAUUCGUUCAUCUUUCCGAGGCCAUCUUGUCCGCCCCUCCUUGCCACACCCCAAGAAUUCUAGUACUCUAUACUUCAUGUGUCGCCGUAUAGCUGAAGGUACCAAAUGGGCCCGUUGUGGUCACUUUCAGCGCCACUUAGUGGUGGCUAUUAUGGACUGCAACGCAAGUCAUUGUGAACGUAGUGUCCUUCAUCCAAAAGGCUGCCGCGAUUCCAGCUGCAUCAGGGAUUACGGCGCAGAUGUUCAAAAAGUCAUCGACACAGUGAACGAUGACUGUUUCCAGUGUCGUGCAGCAGCUGCACGCCGCUGAACGUCCUCGUCUGCAUGAUCCGAACUCAUCAGUGGUCGCCCAUCAAUCGAAUUGCUCCAUUCCGGAACGUAUGCAUGGAUUUUUGAUUCACUCAGCUUUUCCACGGAACCCAUACAUCCUCGGAUGCCGACAUUCUCUCGUUGGUUAUGCGUAUCCUGUCUUCAUAACGACUACAAUAACGGCAAGCAUUGUACAUUAUUUAAUCCAAUCGCACGCACAUCCAUCGCUUUAUUGUACCUAUCACCACCGUCCUCCUUGCACUGUACAACAUAUACCUCCCGCAUCGUCAACAUUACCGUCCGCAUAAUGAUCCACACUGCACUGUAUAUUCU